AUGGACAUGUUCCUGAAUUCAUCGCGACACAUAACAGACGGUCAGGGAGUGGUGAUGGGAACACUUCUGGUGACUCCCAACAAUGUGAUGUUCAUACCCAAUGUGUCCGACGCACUCGUCAUGGAGCAUGGUUCCGAAUGCUACGAAGUGACCGCCCCCAUGGACAUGGUGGUGGCCGCAGCCCUCUACAACGACAUUACACAUAUGCGCCUUCGUGACACGGUGGACCCUGCUUCCGGUGUUCAGCUGGAGGAACCAUACCGGCCUGCAGACUACCAACCACCCCCUAAAGACCAGGCUAGUGCCAGUCAGAAUACAUCAGAGCUAGCCAAGCCUUCGCAAGAAUGUGCUACAGAAGUACCGCCUGUUCCUUCAACGCAAGAUGCCAUUGAAAAGCCUUGCUCCGCGCUUUCCCACACUGUGGAAACUCUAGAAGAACCUGCACCUGGUCAAAUGGCAGGCACCGAGGGUAAAGUAAUCAUCACUUCACCACCCAAGACGCCAGAGGAAGGCACGGCCUCUUCUUGCCAAGUCAGCACUAACAUGUCGGGGCCAGGAGCUGAGAUUGAGAACAAAGCUUCCACAAUGGUAUCGUCAGAUGUGUCUGUGCCAGAGUGUAAGCCACCAAAAGAGGUCCAAGAUACGGUCAUCGCAGACACUGUUGUGAAGUCAAAGAAUCUGGAACAAGUGCUGGAACAAGACAUCAAGCAAAAUGUACAUUUGAAAAGUGGCACGCAGAAGCCAGAAGCAGUUGUAGAGUCCACUGAACAGAGUAAAGCAAAAUUGGAAAGCAAGGACAAGUUCACGUUGGAAAAGCCACUGCAUUCUGGGCCACAAAAGGAAGUGUGUAUGGUCCAAGCCAAAGAAAAUUCUGGUUUGGAAGCGACGAGUACCUUAUCCGGUGAAGCAGAGCCUGAUGUUGGAAGAGGUGCAUCAAAACCACUCUCUGUAGACGCAGCACCAGCUCCACAGGCCCACGAAAAACUGAAGCUGGAAGCUGCUGCUGUUGAAACGGGCACCGGGGAGUCUAACAAUAUGGUGCCUCGUGGUACUCAGCUUGAAGUCGAACUGUCUUCUGGAACUGUCCAUGUGGUGAAAGACGACCGGGCUGGCGACAAGCUUGUGACCAAGGACAUUACAGCUCUGACGAACGUUCAGGAUAAGUUGCUGACAGAUACAGCAACACCGCAAAAUAAGAUUCUCGGUACGGAAGAGAGCGCAGCAGCCAAAAAGAAAGAGAAGAAGACUGCUGAAGAGUACUUGUUCAAGCCCAUCGACAAGGCGUCAGAGUCUCCACCAACACUGCGUAGGGAGCCAGACAACGGAAGUCGCCGGGAAAAGGCAUUCACACCGCCGCCACCAUCAUCAGGUGGGAAAAGCUUACCUGAGCCAGCACGCUGGUCUCGCAUGCUGAGUCCGACGCUGAAGCUAGACUCGUCAAGCGAUGUGCCAGCCCCAGAGCCACGCAGUGCUGCCUCGACGGAGAGCAUUACUCUACGCAUGAGGGAGUGGGCUUCGGCAGAAGGUGGGAUUUCUUCCGAUAGGUCCCAGGAGUCUGCACAUGAGCGGGUACUCAAGCGACUCUCAAAUCCAAUGGAGUCAAUCUCGUCAUACACGCACUCCAUCUCCAAGAUGAUUGUGUCGUCACCCAAAUCGCUGGCUGACUUUGUGCGUGGUGCUGAUGAUCCGCCAUCUACACCUCCACCACAGUUGCCAGCGCAGCAGCCGGCAGCGGAUGAAAAGAGGCCCUCUUCGCGAGCCGAUAAUGCCAAUGUCUGGCUCAAGAACAUGGUUGAGGAAAAGCCAGAGCUGUUUGCAGCAUUUGAGAAACUGGUUCCUCGGCUAGCACAGUCAUCAGAGGCCACACUGCUCUACUUGUGCCUGCGCAUGGGAAGACCCCUGCACAAGAAAGUCCAGUGCUCCGCCACCACCUCCUCCAAGCGGCGUAUACGGCCCCAGUACUGGUUUGGGAUCCCACGGAAUCGAGCGGAUGAGCUGUACUACUUCCUGGAAAAGUGGGCGCCUUCGAUCUAUGGCGACGUGCAUCGGGUGGACAUGGCCAGUCGUGGAUUCGAGCCAUUGCCCGAGCCUGCAGACGAGGAGGAGACCGAGAGGCUCACUGCCUUAAGCCACAUUGCGGGGACGAUCAGCGGUGGUGAAGAAGGGCGCGACACUCCUGACAUGAGCGGCAGCAGUAAGGGCCACCAUGGCUCCAAAAAGGGCCACGGUGGCGCUCUGCGCUUCUUCAAGCUUUUUGACAGUGGCACGGCACCACCCGAAGCCGCUGCAGUCUCCCUUGCUGACUGGGAGGUGGUGUCUAUGAGUGAAACACGCAGGGAGUCUGCAAUAGACCUGACUGACCUACCCUUGCCCGAGUUGCUCGAUUCCACGGAAAUAUUUACCGAGGAGCACCGUCGGGAGCUGUGCAAGCACCUUCCAGCACGUGCGGAGAGUUAUUCCUGGGCGCUCGUGUACAGUACGCUGAAACAUGGCUUCAGCCUCAAGACUCUUUACCGUGAGAUGCUCAAGAUUGAAUCGCCGAUCCUGCUUGCGGUGUUGGACACUGAAGGCGCUGUUUUCGGUGUUCUGACAUCGUGUUCCCUGAGGAUGAGUGACUACUUCUAUGGCACUGGAGAAUCAUUUCUUUUUACGUUCCACCCAGAGUUCAAGCUGUACAAAUGGACCGGUGAAAAUGGCUACUUCAUCAAGGGCAAUGCUGAUUCCCUAGCUUUCGGUGCUGGAGAUGGCCAGUUUGGCCUGUGGCUGGACGGCGACCUGUUUCAUGGGCGGAGUCGUCGGUGCAAGACUUACGAGAACGACGUGCUCUCUACAAACGAAGACUUCGUAGUCAAAGCGAUCGAGGCCUGGGGCUUUGUCUGAACCGCAGGGCGGCAACGAGGUGCAUGCCACCAGAGCACGCAGAUGGCACGCUGUCGCCUCUCUUCCAACAACAUAGAGAGGGAAGGGACAAGAACAGUCGAACAAGUGGCCUCCACCCCCAUUUGACGUCUUCUGAGCUUCUGCCCUGCACGGCUGGCAUUUUGACAUGAUGGCUUUUCUCUGGGCCGUGCGGACCAAACCGUCAAGUUCACGACAUGUCAGAGGAGCAGUGUGCCCUCUUGUCCCGACACACACAAUUUGCCACCAUUUGUCAUUCCCUGCCUAUUCUUAUUUUAUGGUUGAGCAUCGCCGCCUUGCUUCUGCGCCCCCUCUCCCCCCCCCCUCCUUUUCCUUUUGCGAGACUGGCAUCUCGUAUUGUUUUUCUUUUGUGUCUGCUGCCACUCUAGCUUUGUAAUUAGAAACAUGGCCACUUCUGUAUUCUGUCGAGGAUAAAUGACAAGUGGACUCCUAUUUAUUUGGGUUUGUGGUUGGGGAGCUGCAUAGGUGUUGUCCGAGCGAUUGGUGACUAGUUAAGACCGCACUGUGCGUCGCAUUGUGUUUCAUUGUGCUAGGGAAGCAACGACGGGCAAUCCAUCAGAUGCUGAAAAUAUGGGGCAACUCGCUGGAAGAGAGGUUGCUUAGGCCUGUGUUUGGGAACAACUCUUUGCUUCAUUUAGUAACUCGUGUCUAAAAACCUGUUGAGUUUGUUGUUGGAGCAUUUUCAGAGGGUACAUUCCUGUACAUUAUUUGUUUUUUCUUGUGCCUUCGAAAUGCUAAAAGCUUUCAAGGCAACGAAAAAAAAAUGGAGCACCGGUGGGGUUUCCAGGAAAACCGUUUAUUUUUUCUGUGAUAUGAAGCAUACAGACACUCACGCGUCAGUGUGCAACCUUUGUAGAGACAAUCCCCUUGGUGAGACGAGACCAAAAAGACCAGGGCGACUGCAUUGAGUGGUUAAAAAGCUUUCCCGGAGAGUGUUACGAAGAGGACAAUCACGGGAAUUAAGUGCAAAGGACGGCUACUUGUGCCCUGGUUUUGUUUGUUUGUUGUCACAGUUGGGUUUUCCUGCAACGUUAAAUUGUAAUAUAGCUCAGCAAGAUAUCCUGGCUUUCCAGGCUUAUUUUUCUUCGCAUGGUGGCCUUGCAGAGUUUGGCAGUUAAUUUGAUGAGAAUCUGUUCAAGUGGGGCCCGUGAGGCUGUCGUUUUAUUUUGACAAGUGGGAACAAAAUUGCUUAUUUUUAGGGCCUUCAAAUGCAAGAACAGUGGUCUGGCACUUACUUGACUCCUUGCAGUCUCAACACGUACUGCUCAUUUCUGAUGGCCUUGAAGUUUGCUGUGGAGCUACUCCAAUCCUUGGUGGCGCUACUACUGCCCGCUCGUCAUUCUGAGUCGACAAACAUGUUCAGAGGUAGUGGCCCCACCAUAAUAGAUUGAAGGUUUCGAGGAGGGAAGUGAACGAACGUGUUUAGAGUUGCGAAGACAUGUUAAUGGUAGACGUGAGCGAUACAUCUUAGUUGCUCCCCCAGCUGUCAUUCCUCUUAGCGAUGGGGAUGCGGAAAAGUGUCUGUAUCUGUGUGAGUGUUUUGUAGCUGGCACAGAAUGCUGCCCUUGUAGGAAAGAGAAAAAAAAAGUGCUUAUACCACAUAUUUUAAGCAACAACCGGUGUACUGUGGAACAACUCUCACAAAGUAAAACACAUUUUUUUCCCCCCUCGGAGGAAAUGACGCGGUGUGGCAGUGCACUCUACACACACGCUCUCACAAAAAAACUUGUCUCAGCCAAAAAAAGUAACACAUCCUACUACAAAGCGAAUAUAUACAUAAAGCUAUUUGUCUAGAGCCACUUGAGAGGCUGUUAGUAGCUGACACAAGGCUGUUUCUAGAAAGUAGGAUUGUCCUUCGGACCACUUGACGGCGGUGCGCCGUGCUCGACCAAUGUCUUUUGAACAAAAAGAAAAUUUUCGCCCCCUCCCCCACGCAACAAAUUCGUGGCCAUCGGCUUUUCCCAGCUUUUUGGAUCACCUUUUAAGGCUGCCUGCUCUGCGCACCAUCGUGAGCGGUUCGGAGCAGUAGCUCGUGUGUACAUGACACUUAGAAUACAACACUGUGGAAUUGCACGCACAUUUAGGUUUGUUUGUAUAUACUGUACAGUAUUUGUUUGUGGUUUUCUUUUUCAGAGUUCUUGCGUUGCGUUUUAUGUGUAUAGAGCUGUCAAAUCGUGCAGAGGUCCCUCACUGUUGGCGGGAGGGGAGGAACUGACGCCCUUGCCGGAGGUGGAAAGUGUCUUCAGGUUGAAAAGCGCCCUGCCAAAGUGACGGGGCAUCUAUUUUUGUUUGCUUGACUCCGGAAUGAGUGGCAGUUCCUAUCCUUCAGUGAGGUUUAAAAGCACGCAUUGCUGUGCUCGGUGACCUUAAGGCAACUAAAUGGUGCGCGAGCUAGGGUCAGGGUUUGGCCUAGGAACUACUGCUUGUGUACUUGUUGGUAUUGUAAAGAAGUGUUGGAAGAAAAAAAAAUGUUUAAAAUAAAAGCAUAACAUGACA